GCGCCGGACGUGACACAAGGAGAAGAUGGCGUGGCGGCGAAGGAGCCCAAGGCCGGAGGGAAAGGGGGCGUGGCCCUAUAUGCAGAUAUAGGGGCGGGGCUGGGGAAGCUGAGUGGCGCAGGCAGUGGAACGUUCGUGCGCAGCUGUCUAAGGUCAAGAGAACCAGCUCACAAGAAGAUGCAUCUGGCAUGGUUCGUGAGCGCUACCCUUUUAGGGUUGGCCACCUGUGUUCCCAUUGAGCGGCCCAAAGAGAAACAAGCAGCAGAGGCUCCCCCUGAAGCCCCGGACACUGGCCUCUAUUAUCACCGCUACCUCCAAGAAGUGAUCAAUGUGUUAGAAACAGAUGGACACUUCCGGGAAAAGCUUCAAGCAGCUAAUGCAGAGGACAUCAAGAGUGGAAAACUGAGCAAAGAGCUAGACUUUGUCAGCCACCAUGUACGCACCAAACUUGAUGAGCUCAAGCGUCAGGAGGUAUCCCGGCUCCGGAUGCUUCUGAAAGCCAAAAUGGAUGCCACCAUGGAGCAAAAUGUACAGAUUGAUCACUUGGCCUUACUGAAGCAAUUUGAGCACCUGGAUCCUCAGAACCAGCACACCUUUGAAGCCCGUGACUUGGAGUUGCUCAUUCAAGCUGCAACCAAAGACCUGGAGAAUUAUGAUGCAGCUCACCAUGAGGAGUUCAAACGCUAUGAGAUGAUGAAGGAGCAUGAACGUCGGGAGUACUUGAAAUCUCUGGAUGAGGAGAAGCGGCGGCAGGAGGAAGCACACUUUGAGGAGCUCAAGAAGAAGCACAAGGAGCACCCCAAGGUCAACGUCCCGGGCAGUCGUGAUCAACUGAAGGAGGUCUGGCAGGAAACGGAUGGCUUGGAUCCUAAUGAAUUCAACCCUAAGACUUUUUUCAAGUUACAUGACACCAAUAGUGAUGGAGUUUUAGAUGAACAGGAGUUAGAGGCCCUCUUCACUAAGGAGUUGGAGAAGGUCUAUGACCCCCGUAAUGAGGAAGAUGAUAUGCUAGAAAUGGAAGAGGAGCGGCUGCGAAUGCGGGAACACGUCAUGCAAAAUGUGGACCUUAAUAAGGACCGGCUGGUAACCCUGGAUGAGUUUCUCAAAUCAACCCAGAAAAAGGAAUUUAAUGAAGUUGAUGGAUGGAAGACUGUGGAUGAGACACAGAUCUAUUCCGAGGCAGAGCUCCAGCGCUUUGAGGCAGAGUUGGUGGCCCAGGAGGCAGAGCUAGGCCGAAGAGCGGAACACCUUCGCCAGCAGCAUCAGGAGCUUCAGCAGCGGCAGGUAGAGCUUGAUGCUCAGAAGAAGGAGUAUCAGCAGGUUGUGCUACAGAUGGAACAGAGGAAAUCACAGCAGCAACCUGGACAGGCCCUCCAAGCUGGUCCUGGGGGAGAGCUCAAAUUUCAAGCCCAGCCCCCUCAUGCUGCUCCAGCAGACCAGGUCGUGCCACCUGAAUCUCAUCCUGUAGUUCCGGAGCAAAAUCCCGAACAGAACCAUGUUGAACCUCUUCAGAACCAACAGCAUCCAGAAGUAGAUAUCCAAUAGAAAAUGGAUGGGGAGGGGGGAGCUUUUAUUUUCCUAUUCUGUAGUCCAAGGGUGGACAGCACAUGGCCCGUGAACUGCAUGUGGCCCCCAAGGCCAUUUUUGCACCCCAGAGUACUGCUGAAAUUUAGUGACAAACCACAUCAUUGAAAUCUGAUGGCGGAGAAGGAAAGGAUACCUUUAAAUCAUGCAGGGCAUUCCUGUUUUAAAGCAGGGUUGGCUGGUUUAAACCAGGUUAGCUUAAACAGUGGUUCCCAAACUUUGGCUCUCCAUAUGUUUUAGACUUCAGCUUUCAUAAUUUCUGAUUGUUGGCCAAACUGGCUACAGCUUCUCUGAGU